AUGUGGAACAUGCUAUUUGGUCCCUCGGCGGCAAAGAAGAAGGAUAUUCCGAAGAAGGCUAUCCUCGAUGUCAGGCAACAGCUGGAGAUGCUCCAGAAGAAGGAGAAGCAUCUUGAGCAGCAAAUAGAAGAACAGGACAAUAUCGCGAGGAAAAAUGUGCAAACCAAUAAGACAGCUGCGAUGACCGCGCUCAAACGCAAAAAGAUGCACAUGAACCAUUUGACUUCUACUCAAUCACAAAUAGCAACCUUGGAACAGCAAAUGCACGCAGUCGAGACGGCAAACCUGAACGUUGAGACACUCAAGGUCAUGAAGAGUGCUAGCAAUGCAAUGAAAGUCAUACAUGGUGGUAUGAAUGUGGAUAAGGUCGACGAGACAAUGGAAGAAAUCCGAGAACAACAACAAAUUGCCGACGAGAUCGGCAAUGCCAUUAUCAACAUGAAUCCAGCUGAAGAUGAUGAUCUCAACGAACAACUCGCCGAAUUGGAGCAAGAGGUGCUGGACGACAAGAUGCUUGGCGCCCCAUCUGCACCAAUCACAUCAACACCCCAUAUCAGUGCUGUCAAAGGGAAAGUACCAAUCCAUGAAGAAGAGGACGACGAGGAAGAGCUGCGGAAACUACGGGCUGAGAUGGCAAUUGCAUCCUAA